AGAGAGAGAGAGACCGUGUGGCUGUUAGCGCAUUGAGAAACAGUGUUAGCCGUGCUAGCGCUAUUAGCUUAGUUAGCAUGGCGGCGCAGAGGGAGUCCCAACACGGAGCGUCGGGAAUUAACGUCCUGCUCGGAGUUUUACACAUCUUAUUACCGUUUUUACAGCGUGGGGAUGCUCAACUAACAGCACUGAGUCACAUGUCCGGCGUGGUGGAAGUCUGGCAAGCCGAAGAUGCGGAUUUCCUAUUUCCAUCGCAGGCAGUGGAAGAGCGGAGUCCCGAGAAUCUCCCUCAGGAGGAUAGUUCCUCGUUUUACGUGCGGGACACCGAGAGACCCGUCCGCUUCCAACCGUCCACGCUGGACUUUGGCACUCAGCCUGUAGGUGUUCCACGAGCUGAGACCAUCUAUAUUCAUAAUCCGAGUGCGGAGCUGCCGGUCACACUGCAGUCCGUCUUCACGUCCAGCUCACACUUUCAUAUGCCUGCCUUCCACAGACGGGUGAUCCCACCCAGAGGGAAGACAUCUUUUAAACUCAUUUUCCUCCCAAGAGAGGAGGGCAAUGUAGCAAAUUCGUUAUUUAUUAACACAUCAACCCACGGGGUGAUAACGUACCAGGUUUUCGGCGUUGGUGUGAGCGCUGACUCGGUAAAGGACGUGCCGAGGAAAGACAGCGUUCUCAUAUUUCCACAUAUACAAAGCAUUAAACUCACACAAACUCAGGAAAAUGCUUUAAAUAUUACCAUACUGGGACUGCUGUUGGACUGCAGUCUUCCCAAAGCACUCUAUGCUCACCCACAGGGCUCGUGUUUUGGAGCGGAGGAUGAAGGACGUCUCUCUCUCCAGAUCAGUCUGUCCGAGAGAGGUGAGAGGCCAGCUCACCUGGAUAAACUGAAGCCCUACGUGCUGGAGAACAUCAUGGUGCUGCUUGUCCUGCCUCCACCAGGGGGCGUCGCUUAUCCAAAAAUAGGAGUGUACAUGCUGAACUCAGGGGUCAAACAGCUCUUUGUCAAGGAAAUCCAGAUCUUGUCAAGGACAGACAUCUCUGUAGAGAUCAGCCACACGCCACUGAAAGCUUCCGCCAGUAACCUCACUCGGGUGGCCACGCUGUCCUGCAGACGAUCUUUAUCGUCUCAAAGUAAAAAAUGCACCAGUCAGAUCAGUGUGCAGACGUUGGGCAACAUCAGCGUGAACAUGUUUCCCUGGCUACAGCACACAAACAGGCUCAGUGAUUCUGCUGGCUGGUUUCAGUUCAUACAGAAGCAGAAAAGUGUGGAUCAGGUUGAAUUGUGGCUCACUAACCCGCUCCAUCUGAGCUUCACCAUCACCAACGUCUCCCUGAGCCAGCCUUCACCUCGGCUCUUUAAGUUAGUAAACGUCAGCAAGUCGGUGGGCGUGGCCAGUGGCUGCUGGAAGCUGCUGAAGCUCCACCUCCUCAACAAAACGUUGCCUGUCAACCUGGUUGCCGUGAUAACAAUCAGCACCAGCCUGGGCUUUUCGCUGGAGCUGCGUGUACACGCCUCCUCCACAGGGUCAAAGAGGGGGGAGGUGGUGUUUGAAGGUGGUGGUGAGUGUGAACAGCUCUGUCCUCUCCGCCUCUCCAGAACCGGGCGUUUUGAUUGGCAGCAGUCUCUCCUCCCAGAGUCCUUUUCUUCCUUGUGGAAGACAGACAGCAGUUUGGCAUCUGCGCUCUGCAGCCGCUGGCACCGUAGUAAAGAGCUCUCCUGCAGAUGGCCCAGGCUUCCCACAGAACCUGCUACCACUUUAGAUUUUGGAGCAACACCAGUCAACGAGAGCAAGAUUAAAAACUUCACUCUGAAAAACCCGACUGGUUCUGUGGUUUCGGUGGAGAUCCGAACCCUUUCCUCAUAUCCAGCUCCCCUUGAAGCGUUAGAUCUGCUCACCAAGUGGUUUAACAUCAGUCCUCUGUCAGUGAACAUCACUACAGCUGAGUUUUCUCUGCUGCCGACCGAUCAGAAGACUCGGGAGGUUCACCGAAGCGGCAGCGUGCAGAGGAUCGUACUGCAGCCGUGGGAGACGAGGAGUGUGUCCAUAGCGUACACACCCACUGAACACAAACCUGUCACCUCCAUUCUUCUCAUCAGGAAUAACUUGACGGUCUUUGACCUGGUUUUGGUGAAAGGAUUCGGGGCGAAGGAGCUCCUGCGUGUGGGGGGGAAACUGCCUGGUCCUGGGGCGUCGCUGCGCUUUAACGUUCCUCAGUCCACCCUGAUGGAGUGCAGAGAUGGUUUGCGCAGUCACCUCAGCAAGCCUCUGUUCGCCAUCCAGAAGAGUUUUAAAGUGGAGAACGCAGGCGAGCUUCCUCUCACCGUCAUGUCCAUGAACAUUAACGGCUAUAAAUGCCAGGGCUUCGGCUUCGAGGUGCUGCAGUGCCGCUCCUUCCGCGUCGACUACAACUCCUCCUCCGAGAUCACCAUCGCGUUCACGCCAGACUUCACGUCAUCAUGGGUGAUCAGAGAUCUGACGUUAAUAACGGAGCGCGGCUCUUCUUUCCCUUUCACCCUGAACGUCACUCUGCCACAUCACAUGCUGCCGCUGUGCGCUCAGGUCGUCCCCGGGCCCAGCUGGGAGGAGUCCUUCUGGGUCAUCACACUCGUCUUCACCUGCUUCUCUUUGGCCGGAGUGUGUCUCAUGGCCUUCCAUCAGGCUCAGUUCAUCCUGAGAGAGUUCUCCACUCCAACUCCACGCAGCAACCAUAACUCGAACCCCCGUGAUACCAGCAGCCAUAACACUCCCAACAGCACCAGUAAAGGCAAAGGCAGCUGCAAAAGUUACUCCGACACAAGCCACACCUCUGAUAAAGGGAAAGGGCGGGGCUCCACGGCUUUAGCCAACGGGACGGCACGUUCCCAAACCUCCUCCAGGAAGAGCUCCGGAGGCUCCUCCCAGCCUCAGAAAAAACAAACACGAGUUUCAUUCCUUUACAGAUACAAAAGCAGCACUGCGGCUAACGCUAAUACUGCUAAUGCUAAUCCUAACCCUCCAAUGGAUGAAGAGAGAGAGGAACAGAUGUCCGACCCCGACCCUGAUGUCUGUAAUAACAACAAUAACGAUGAUGCUUUAAUUGAGUCAGUACUCCACGCGGAACAGAAAGAACAGAUCAGGGAGGAAAAAACGAUGCCAGGAGAUAUGUUUCCCAUGGAAACGCUUCCUGGAUUUCCUGAAAGCAUCACAGCCAAUCACGUGCCUCAGGCUCAUGUGGAUGUACAGGUGGAGAGCAGGUGCAGCCGAAGAAGAGAUGAGGACAAAAGGGAAAACUUGGACACUGAGCCAAGAGAGAGCGACAGCUCUCAGAAGAAGAGAGCAGAGAAGGACUCAGAGUUCACAGUGUCCACUUCCAGCACCAAGACGAAGAAAAACUCAGGAAAGAACCGCAGGAAGCCUGUCGAAACCGUACCAGGGCUCCCGGAGAGCAGCGCUAUGAUGAUGACGGAGCUCGAGAGGGAACCCGAGUACAGAGAACCACGUAACAUAGCUAGAACCCACAACCACUCGGCCAGCAUGAAGCUGGAGAUCCCCAAAGCAGCAGCGGUGGUGGAGAGUCCUCUUAAACAAAACGGCGUGUGUUUGGCCAGACCUCGGCGGAAGGCCCCAGAGCGACGGCUUCAGUGGGAGUCAGGCUCGGAUUCGGGCAGCUCGUCGGGCAGCGUCAGGGCCAGCAGGGGAUCAUGGGGCAGCUGGAGCAGUGUAGAGGGAGAGAAAGACCCCAGCAGAGCACGACAGAGAGAUCCAGUACAGUACAACACGUACACAAGCGACCGUGAUUGUUACCCACCAGUACACAGCACCUUUAAAACUCAAAGCAUGAACAAUCUGUACAUGAACCCUGAAACUCCUGCUCUCUCUCCAAGCUUCGCCGACAUAGCUGCAGGUGUGGACAGAAGCUCUGACGCGGGUGGUGCAUACAUGCCUGAGGAGACGUGGUCCGCUCCUUCUGUUCCUCUGACCAAUGGGUUCAGGUACAACAUGCCAGAACCACGCAGCACCUACAAUCAGAACACCAACUCCAACUCCAACUCCAACCCCUUCACCGGAAGUUUCUUGUGGAAUAACGCAGCCAGUCAGUGCAGCAACCCGUAUUCCUACUGCCCCCCAAAUAACUACAUGCUGUCAGGGAACGGAAGUUACCAGAACAGCUUCCCGUGCCGUGAAACUCAAACGCAGGCCAGCUGGAGUGAGGAAACACCACACGAGGUCACUUCCUCUUGGGACAUGACCAGCUGUGUGGGCAACAAGCCGUAUUUCUCAGGCACCCGGAGUCUGUCUCCGAUCUCCUCCAGUCUGUUCGGUUCUAUCUGGACUCCUCAGAGCGAGCCGUAUCAGAGCCACUUCCACACCGAGCGCUCUGUGCCAGUCUCUCCAGUGUCUCCCUUCACUCCAGAGCCACCUCCCUCUAAGCACUUCUCCAGCUUCAACCCGUUCGGCCCCCACAUGAACCUGGACAUCUGGAACAACUCGGCCUCGAACCGCAGCUCCAACUCUCAACUCUCCAACGACUCGGGCUACUGCGCAGACGUGUGACUGAGCAGGCCCAGAGCUCCGCCCACCGCAUAAGGAAAAACGACGAAAACAAACAUAAGAAUGUGGUUUUAUUGAUGACGGAGGAAAAAAUGUGAAUGUUCUUUUCUUUUCUGUUUUAUGUUCCAUUUUUUCCUCGACACGAUUCUGUUUGUGCAAAAUUUAAGCUUUUUGUUGUAUAUUUUUCUAGAUGUUUUGCAAACUUGGCCAUGAAAAAUAAAAAAAAAAAAGUUUUGUA